AUGUUUGUAACGGGAAAUCGGCAACCAAUUGAUUGCCUUUUUAUUGAAAGUCUUCGAUCAAAUGGAUGGCAAGUUGUUAAAACGACAGCAGGUGUUGCAGAAAUUAAUUAUGAACAACAAAAACCAUUAUUAAUUCUAGUAGAUAUUCGUCUAUCUGAUAUUGCUACCUUUGUCAAAACAAUGCAUUGCCUUCCAGAAUCCGAUGAAGUAUUUUUUGCCGCAUUGUCAGAUAGGAUGAUAUCCGAGAAACGUAAACGUUGGCUUUCACAGAGCAAUCUUUGCCAUGUUUUCGUUUCAUCGUCAACAGAUAUCUCACUUUGUGAAUUAUUCGCACGUGUCGUGAAUCGUUUACGUGCUACUCCUGCUUUAUUUGCUGCUCUGGAUGAGGUAUAUCAACCAAUUGAAAUAUGUGACAAUGCCUUAAAUGUAGAAUAUAUAAACCGCGCCUAUGAAACAAAUACUGGCUGCAAACGAAAUGAAGUUCUCGGUAAAAAAUCAUCCGAUAUUCGACGAAAAUCACUGCAGCAAAAAUAUUCAUCUCGAUCAAAAGAUUUUAUUACAACAACUGUCGCAGGUGAUGAAAUGGAGCAAAAAGAAAAUUAUGAAUGGCAAUGUAUACAAGUGCCUGGAAGUUCUACUAGCCAACAAUUUGUUUAUUUGAAACGACAUAAUUCAACACUUUCUACUGCUAAUACAUCAAUACGAAAUGAACGAUCACAAACAGCGCUUGUCGAUGCACCUAUCAGUGAGGUAUUAUUCUCAUUACGAGAUGCUAUGAUGCGAGCUGAUGAACAAACACAACAACUUCUACGAGAUGCAAUUAGA